CGGAUUGCGGGUCCUGAGACUGAGCGCUCGGCUCGGAGCUGCGCGUCCUCCAGUGUGCACCAGUGAAGCGAGAGGAGCGCUUGUUGGAGUCAACUAGACAGCCUACUGGCAACGAGUGGCGAUUUCUUUUUUACUGCCUCAGCCAGCCUGGAUAUAGGCUUCUGUGUGCUGCUGCAGCUCAGACUGAAAUGAACAUACACUAGGCUCUGGCAUCGUUUCUUCCCACUGGCUUUUGGCUGCAUCUUCAACGGAUCUUUUCUUCUUUUUUCUUUUUGAAUGUGUUGCAUGGACUAAUAAUCGGGAUACGUGCAGAACCCUGUUUUUUCCAAGUGAGAUACGAGGAAAUUAAUUAGUAAGUAAAAGCUUCCAGACUUGCAGGGUGGAUGAAAGACUUAAUCUGCUGGAAAUAAUAAAAUAAGAAAAAGGUAACCGGGACUUGAGUGAUGUGAUGAGACAUUCCUGCAAUUGCACCCUUGUUCUUUAGGAGAAGAUAUCCGGACUUAGGCUGUUGAAUAAUUUUGUGACUGCAGAUCAGUGUAGCUUUUUUUGCAGUUUGAAAGCCUAUUGCAGCUCGACCGGAGAGGAAAUGUUUUAUCACUGCUUGUAAUAUACCACACAGAACAAGAUGUUUAUCCGAAAUGCGACUUAAACACUGACUUGGCAUCAAGACGGAGAAUUGAACAUGGACUUUUGAGCCCCAUUACUUCAUCGGCGAGGAAGAUUUUUUUUUUUUUUUCUGGACUUGCUCACAGGAAUUCUCAUCUUUGCGUCUAUGCAGUCCGAGCAUUUUCCUCCUUUCAGACGACUUGAAAAUGGACAGUUCACCUUAUGAGUCAUGUGUAAAAGCAGUUUGCCGCUUGAUAAGAGCUGCACGGAUUUAUGCGACUAAACCACUAUUGUGAGAAGAUUCAGCAUGUUUUCACAGAUCUGUCGUCCCCAGUGUUUCGUGCGCCGCAGUAGACCAGAGGAUGUGCUCUGCCUGAGAAGAGUAAAAUAGGCUGAAGGCACUUGUUAGAAUUCUAGCUUUCACAUCAUGAUAUAAUUUGCACAACACGAGAGAAAUUCAAACACUUUUUCCCCCCCUGGACAUUUCAAUGAGAUGAUUCAUUCGCGUAAUUCUUCUAAUUUUCUCUGACGUGCAACCCUGUGCGUAAUUAUCAAGGUCUUUAUUAGACACCGAUAAAAAACUCAACAGGUACAAUGCAAACCAAGGAGAUGGAAUUAAUACAAUUAACUGCUGUGUUCCUCUUGUUUUGGGUCGGGACUGAGGCUGUUAUCAACCUGAAGUAUGGAAUAAACGAGGAGAUGAAGCCCGGGUCAGUGAUUGGAAACGUGACAAAGGACGCACUAAAGCAAGGAUUUCAGAUUGCACCACAGCCCCCGUACUUGAGGGUUAUUUCCAAUUCAGAACCGCGAUGGGUGGAACUGAGUCCAGCCGGAAUCCUUACAACCCAAAUGAAAAUAGAUCGGGAUGUAGUUUGUCGACAGAACCCAAAGUGCAUUAUUUCCCUAGAAGUGAUGUCAAACUCUAUGGAGAUCUGUGUCAUCAAAGUUGAAAUAGAGGAUUUGAACGACAACGCACCCAGAUUCCCCACGAGCCACAUUGACAUUGAAAUUUCAGAGAAUGCCUCCCCUGGUACCAGGUUUCCCCUAGAGGGGGCAAGCGAUCCGGACUCGGGAAUCUUUGGAGUGCAAUCAUAUUCCAUUACCCCAAAUGAGCUUUUCGGACUAGAAAUCAAGACCAGAGGGGAUGGGUCCAAAAUCGCAGAGCUUGUUGUGCAAAAAUCGUUAGACAGGGAGACCCAGUCCCAUUAUACAUAUGAAAUCAGCGCAGAAGAUGGAGGAGACCCCCCAAAGAUAGGCGCGGUCCAGUUAAACAUCAAGGUGAUUGAUUCUAAUGACAACAACCCCGUUUUUGAUGAGCCGGUGUACACAGUUAAUGUGAUGGAGAAUUCCCCCAUCAAUACAUUAGUCAUAGACCUGAAUGCAACGGAUCCUGACGAGGGCACUAAUGGAGAGGUUGUGUACUCGUUCAACAGUUACGUCACCGAGAAAACGAGGGAUGCUUUCAAAAUUGACCCCAGAACCGGGAUCAUCACCGUCAACGGUGUUCUGGAUUAUGAAACAACGCAAAUAUACGAGAUAGACGUCCAGGCCAAAGAUUUAGGUCCCAACUCCAUCCCAGCUCACUGCAAAGUCACAGUGAACGUAAUGGAUACGAACGAUAACCCACCUGUCAUCAGUUUGCUCUCACUGAACACGGAGAUGGUGGAAGUCAGUGAGAACGCGCAGCGUGGAUAUGUCAUUGCGCUGGUGAGGGUGUCAGAUAAGGAUUCCGGGGCAAACGGUAAAGUGCAGUGCAGGCUGCAGGGCAACGUUCCGUUCCGGCUGCAAGAAUACGAGAGCUUCUCCACUAUACUUGUUGAUGGCAGGCUGGACAGAGAGCAAAAGGACACAUACAACCUGACCAUCCAAGCGGAGGACAGUGGCAUCCCUCCUUUACGCGCUACGAAAUCUUUGGUGGUCAAAGUCACGGAUGAAAAUGACAACCCUCCCCACUUUCUUAAGCCACACUAUCAAGAGAUGGUGAUGGAAAACAACCUCCCUGGCUCGUGUCUGCUCGCAGUAUCAGCAGAAGACCCGGACCUGGGCAUGAAUGGCACAGUUUCCUACUCCAUAGUCCCUGGUGAGAUUAAGCACAUGGAUGUAAACACAUAUGUCAGCAUAAACCCAUCAGGCCGCAUUUACUCCAUGAGAUCAUUUGAUCACGAGUACACCAGGACUUUUGAUUUCAAAGUUUUGGCCAGAGACAAUGGCAACCCCUCCCUGUCCAGUAACGCCACGGUGCGUAUUGUGGUGCUGGAUGUCAACGACAACACACCUGUUAUGACAAACCCGCCGCUGGUGAAUGGCACAGCGGAGGUUUCCAUCCCCAGAAACGCUGGGGUGGGUUACAUGGUGACCCAGGUGAAGGCAGACGACUACGACGAGGGGGAGAACGGCCGGCUGACCUACACCAUCUCAGAGGGAGACAGGGCUUUCUUCGAGAUCGACCAGGUGAACGGAGAGGUGCGCUCCACCAGGAUGUUUGGAGAAAACGCCAAAUCCACCUACGAGAUCACGGUGGUGGCGAGGGACCACGGCAAGCCCUCCCUGUCCGCCUCGGCCUACAUAGUGGUGUACCUCUCCCCAGACCUGAACGCGCAGGAGCCUAUGGGACCCGUCAACCUGUCCCUCAUCUUCAUCAUCGCCCUGGGCUCUAUCGCAGCCAUCCUGUUUAUCACCAUGAUUUUUGUGGCGGUCAAGUGCAAGAGGGAUAACAAGGAGAUCCGGACGUACAACUGCAGGGUGGCGGAGUACUCAUAUGGCAACCAGAAGAAGUCCAGCAAGAAGAAGAAGCUGAGCAAGAAUGACAUCCGCUUGGUGCCACGAGACGUUGAGGAGACAGACAAGAUGAAUGUGGUGAGUUGCUCAUCUCUCACCUCCUCGCUCAACUACUUCGACUACCACCAGCAGAGCCUGCCGCUGGGCUGCAGGCGCUCCGAGAGCACCUUCCUCAACGUGGAGAACCAGAACUCACGCAAUGCAGCUCCCAACCAUGGCUAUCAGCACCCGUUCACGGGGCAGGGUCACCAGCAGCCAGACCUCAUCAUCAACGGCAUGCCACUGCCAGAGACGGAGAAUUAUUCCAUUGACUCCAGUUACGUGAACAGCAGAGCCCACCUCAUUAAAAGCACAUCGACAUUCAAGGACCUGGAGGGGAACAGUCUGAAGGACAGUGGCCACGAGGAGAGCGACCAGACCGACAGCGAACACGACGUCCAGAGAGGACACUAUGUUGACACGGCUGUCAAUGAUGUGCUGAACAUGACUGUCCCCCCCAAUGUUUGCCAGCUGCCAGACCAAGAUCCCAGCGAGGGCUUUCACUGCCAGGACGAGUGCCGCAUCCUAGGCCACUCUGACCGCUGCUGGAUGCCUCGUGUUUCGAUCCCGGCACGUGCCAAGUCACCCGAGCACGCCCGUAAUGUCAUUGCUUUGUCUAUCGAGGCCACCACAGUGGAUGUGCCACACUAUGAGGAUGGCACAACCAAGAGGACUUUUGCCACCUUUGGCAAGGAUGGGCCUGAAGAUGUGGAGCGGGGAGAGAUAAAGGGAAAGCGGACUCAGGAGUCUCAGGUGUGUAGCCCUAAGGCUAAUGGAGGGCUGUUUCGUGAAGCAGGCAAUGGGCGUGAGGCAGCCAGCCCCAUCACCUCCCCUGUGCACCUGAAGAGCCCAGUAUCCAAGCCGUCAUCUGCCUACAACACACUGAAAUGCCGCGACGCAGAGCGAAUUGCCAACCACAGGCCUGCUGCGGCGCCGGAGGGGAAGGACAGUGAGCCGGCUGUCAGGGAGAUCAACACGCUUCUCCACGAUGGCCGAGACAAGGAAUCCCCCAGCAGCAAGCGCCUGAAGGACAUUGUGCUUUAGCGA